GGCAGCUGGGGGUUAGGGAAAGGGUCUGCACCAGAGAGUGGAGGGCAUGGAACAGGCUGCCCAGGGCAGGGAGCAUGGCCACCAGUGCUGGAGUCCACAGAACGUCUGGACAACGCACUCAGACAUAGGGUUUGAUUUUGGGUGGUGCUGUGUGGAGCUGGAGGUUGGACUCAAUGAUUCCUGUGGAUCCAUUCUAACUUGGGAUGUUCUAUGAUUCUAUGAUCACUCUUCAAGUUUCCCUUUUUAAGAGUCGCCUCAGUGCUAUCUGUGAGCAUGCCUUCCAUCUCAGAGUUCCAUUUGUGCUCUUUCUGUGGUGAAAACCCUGCAGUCGCUGCAUUACCCAUCGCUAACGUCUGGCCAAACAGUAGCAGAGAUCCAGUGGAUGACUGCAGAAAAACAGACCUGCCCAGCAGCACUGCAGAAGAGCAGCCUUCACUCAGCAGGUGCUGUUGCUGACAAAUACAGCCUCUGUACCCCACAGCUAGGAACCCUCCUGGCAAAGCUGAGCCUGCAUUCAGUGGAGUUGGGGACAAACACAGUGCAACAGGGUGCUAGUGUGGGAAAUCACCCUGAGACAAACAACAUACAUCAGGACAUGUGGAAAUGCAGGUCAACAAAAUAACACUGAGGGCUAUUAAAAUACACUGACGCUGUUCGUAACUUUUACUAGAGUUCUAGAUUUCUUCUUCAGGAAAACACACUGUCUAAGCCAUCACGAAGUGACCUGCCAGUGAAUGGACUGCAGUGGUCCCACAGUCCUCUUCUUCCCAGGGAGCUGUCUGCAAGGUGUCUUUUUAUAAGAUCUCAAGUCUUAUAGACAAAGGAACAUCAAGAUUUAGGUCUGAAUGCCUCACUCUAGCAGAGCUUCAGAGUUUGCAGCAUCUUCCCAGCAGUUUAUGUUGUACUCAGGAAUGACCUGCACUUGGUCUUCCAUCAGUGAGGGUGAUGUGAGAUCUACAGGGAAGGGAAGACAGCCAGACUCGUUUCUUACAUAUGAGUAGGUGAUGCAGCCGUAGCUCUGAUACUGGUGCUAUCAAUAACUGCAGAGAUCUAGUGAGAUAAGCGUCUGUGCAAGCAUGCCAAGCAUGCCUGAAAAAAUGUGGCUUGAUAUUGAGUAGUCACCACAUAUGCCCUUCUGCUGUCAUGCUUGGUAGAGUGAAGCAGUUCUGGAGCUUACAUUGCCCAUCGUGGUCAGUUACUAGAUAGACCAGAAAUGUAAAUAGUCCUGUUAUGGAGAAGCUUGAGGUAGCAUCCUGCUACUUCGGCACAGUCAUUUCUGAGUUACAGGUGUCUUUUGACAAUGCAUCUAAGUGAAACUGAAACCGAUUUUCAGAUUUUCUUCCAACCACUACCCAUGACAGCCUUCAAAAAACAAGCUGCUUCUCUGAAUACAAAAACAACAGGAAAAUAUUAACUCAGGCAUCACUGGAACAGGUGAGUGGUAGAAUUUCAUACGAUAUGUCUGUAUGUACACACACAGGCACUUACUAGGAAACACAGUUCUAUUAAGAAGAGUUCAGAGUUCACAGCUAAAUAACGUUUCCCUAAAUCACUUGGUGAGAUUCGUCGUACAUGUCAAGUUGCUAUGGCAUCUGAGAUCAUCCAACAGCAUUCGACAGAUAAUUAUCUGCACCUCAUUAACCACACUGAGCAAAUUGAAAAUCCCCGGUUACACCGCCUUCUAUAUCAUUUCCUGUGAGAUAAGCCCAAAGAACAAACUUACGCAUACAGUGAUCCUGGGUAAAGACGGGCUUGCAUAGCUUGUGAAGUAGGAUGACACCUGUCUGACAUAACGCCUGGAGAGUUACAAACAUCACCUGGACCAGUUGACUGCUUUUAUAAAUAAGAGAGGAUCAGGAAAACACUUGAAUGUUGAGAGAAGACUGGGAUAGUGCAUGAGGCGACUAACUGAGCUUGCACGUUCUGCCUUAACACUUGCAUUUUGUUAUUUCUUAUCUUUCCCCCACCUAAAGCUGAUGCCUGCUGGACGAGGACGGGAAGACAGAAGUGCAUUUGGAAGGAAGGCAGAUGCCUGCUAGGAUGGCCCUGACCAGUUCAUUUUCCAGCAAGCCAGUACCGCCAGGCUCCGAAGGAGUUUCAACAGGGAGAGAAGUUCACCAGAGCAAGCUGGACUUUUUCUGUAAGCUAGGCUAUGGUAAACAGGACAUCUGCAAAGUGCUGGAGAGCCUGGGCCAAGAGGCCCUGGAGGAUGAUGUGCUCAAAGAGCUGAUUCGGAUGGGGAGAAAACCUCAAGCUCUGGAGAGCCAGGCUCAGCCUCCCCAACUAAAACUUGUAGCCCGUGGGUCGUGCAGCACCUCACCAGUGCCAAAGUGGCUCGGAGAAGAGGAAGGUGAUUCCUCCAGUCACUUGAGAGCCAUUGUGAUUGACGGCAGCAAUGUAGCAAUGAGCCAUGGAAACAAAGAGGUCUUCUCCUGCUGGGGGAUCCGCCUGGCUGUGGACUGGUUCAGAGAAAGGGGACACACCUACAUCAAGGUUUUUGUCCCCCUCUGGAGGAAGGAGCCCCCUCGACAAGACAGUCCCAUUGCAGAUCAGCACAUUCUUGAAGAACUUGAGAAGCAAUCAAUCCUUGUGUAUACCCCAUCUCGGAAGGUGAAAGGCAAGAGGGUAGUUUGCUACGAUGAUCGCUAUAUUGUGAAGGUUGCUUACGAAAAAGAUGGGGUCAUUGUUUCCAAUGACCAUUACCGGGAUCUCCAGAAUGAAAAUCCUGAGUGGAAAUGGUUCAUAGAGCAGCGACUACUCAUGUACUCUUUUGUCAGUAAUAGGUUUAUGCCUCCUGAUGAUCCACUAGGCCGGCACGGACCCACUCUUAAUAAUUUCCUCAGCAAAAAGCCAGCACUUCCUGAAUCAACAUGGCAGCCUUGCCCCUAUGGUAAAAAAUGCACUUACGGUAACAAAUGCAAGUUUUACCAUCCUGAGAGGCUGCAUCAAGCUCAGCUGUCAGUUGCUGAUGAGCUCAGAGCCAGAACAAAAGUGCCCAUGAGCAUGGGGAAGGAGGAGGAGGUGUGCAACUGCUCUCCAUAUUGGACUGGCAGAGAGCCUAUGCCUCACAACCCUGUCACAGAAAUGCCACAGGGAGCCAGCAGGAGCAUGAGGGCUUCUUGCUAUGCAGCGUGGUCCCCAGACAGAUACCAGCCAGCUGAUGCCUGGGCCAUCAGAUCCAACUCUGGCCUGGAGCUGGACGGGAAACCACCAGAAGUCCUCAGAGGCCAUCCCCUCGUGGAAGACAUGGCAGCGCUCUUCAUCAGUGACAAGGUGUACUCUGGAAACAGACCAGCGUGCACCUCAAAGGACAAAGAUGUGUCUGACAGCCCUCAUAGCUGUUGUAGCCUGAGGCACAACCCCUUUCUGCUGCACCACUACCACCACUGCUUGGACUGCACCUGCUUACCAGGGAGCCCCUUCCAGCACUCAGUGAUCCCACCUGCUCCAGGCAGGCACCAGGAGCACUGCUGGCCCCAGGAGUGCUGGUCUGAUGGGUCCCAGUCUGGGCCAGUCCUGGAGGCACAGCAGCAGCAGCACCUUCCUCCAUCCUCUGUGAUGCCUCUAGCUGAGCCACUGCAAGUUUACAGAGAGAGGCCCCAGUGCUGUUUCCCCAGCCACCCCUUUCUGCUGGAUGCCAGCAGCACGCCUGACUUCUUCCAGAAAACCUCUGCUCAGCCCAGUGCUGCUUACUGUGGUUAUUGGCCACCCCAUGCUGCAAGACCUCCUGCCCAGCAAACGAGUGUCCACAGGGAGCUGUGCACUAUUUUCCCCUGUGCCGAAGUGAAUCGAGUCAUGGCACUGUACCCUGAGAUCAAGGAUAUCGCUAGCUUGACAUUACUGAUUCAAAGACACAGAAACUUGUGACGUCUCCAGGUUAAACCUUUCCCACCAAGUGCAGAGCUGCUACUCUCAGGUUUACCUGAGUGUUACCAAAGGGCUUUAUGAGUUGAGUUACAGCUGAUCAAGUAGCAUGCAGCUGAGAGUCAACCAGUUAUGAUGCAUGGGGCAUUGAGUCAAGACAAUUGCUGUGGUUCACAGCAGUAGGAUCUUGUCUACUUCACUUGGGAGUGAGUAGGAAGCCUUGAGUUUAAUAACUGAGCUGCCAGCAUGUGAACCUCAUGUGUUUCUAAUAUUCUAAAGUGCUGUUUAAAUACCACCAAGGAGCUGUUCUCCGUGGGUCCCAUUAAAGGGAUCCUCAUAACAUUUAUCACGACUAGUCUGCUCAGCUAGCCGAAAAAAAAAGUGAUUUGGCAUAUUUCCCCUAACAUGGGGCUGUACUUCCUGCUAGAAGGCAUCUUUGGGCCCAUGUAAUUACCUGAUGGCUUUAAUUACAAAGCAAUGGUGUCCUAGACCUUUAAAAAACCCAACUAGUGUUUAUGAACCAAUGCUGUGAACCCACAAGAUUACUAGUAGAGGUAGCAAAGAAAGACCCCAGAGUGCUUAGAAGCAGCUGCAGGUAUGUUUCUCAGGGCUCAUGCACAAUAAGUCAAGUGAGGGAAGUUCUCCAUAAUAUAAGUAAGUCCUAUUGCAGUCUGAAAGCUCAGGGCUGUUCUUUGAGUUAACAUAGAAGAUAGCAAAGGAAAAUGAUAGUAAUAGUAGCUCUGGACUGCUUCUGUAGUAAACAAGUAAAAAACAGUAAACUAGUAAACAAGAAAAAACAUUGUUGAAUUAACCCUUAAUUACCAAACGUGAUCCCAUAAUGCCACUAUACAGAUGAUUUAUGAUGACAAAUAUUAAACUCUAUUCUGCUGGGACUUGUUUGAUUUUCAGUAAGCUGUAAAGCUAUUCAUCUUUGUGUUAUUCCACUGAAUUUUUUUUUUUUUUAAGUUAAAAUUCAAGUGUUAAGGUUGAUCCUGAAUGUUUUUUGGCAUUUUACCAAAGUUUAAGUAUGUCAGUAUGACAGAUCUUAAGAAUUAUUUACUAUGUUAUAAAAUGAACGCCUAGAACACUUUGCUCUGAAUAUGUUCUGUUUUUUUAUUCAUUCCUUUUAGUGCUGAUGGAUAAUUAGGUCCAACAUUUAGGUGGCCUUUACAGAAUCUCAUAUGCAUUAGAGAAUCUCUAGUGGGUUCUUCUUAGAAGUACAGUCAGGCAAUAAUUAAACCUAGCUCGCACUGAAUGCUCUUGGCUUGGAAAGGAGACCAAGCAGAAGUAAUUUACCUUUAGUGUCACUGUCACAUGAUGCAUUUUUUGUAUUUGUGAGAAGAUUCUUCAGGAAAUAAACCAAAUCAGCUGA